AAAUAAAAAACAAAAGUGCGAUCAUAAACAAAAUAAGGUUCUUUGUAAGCCAGAAGUUGCCAAGCCUAUCAUUAAAGAUGAUAUUAUCUUUGAUCCAUCCCGGCCACGAGAAUGUUGUGGAAUUCAACAAGGGCCAUAUUCUUCAUAUGGAACUAGUGGCUUGAG